GCAGAAACAGAGCAUGAAAACUUAAAAAGUGUAGGGGGAGCAGAGAAGGCCAUUUCUUGGUGACGAAGGCCACCCCAGCGCCUUUUACCCUACCCCACCACCACUUUCCUCUGUUGCUUCUGCUCUCCUUCUUAGAAACCCCAAAUCUCUCAUUUCUCAACAAUCAAUCAAAUCCCAUCAUCACUCACUAUAAACCUCACUUCUAAUUCAGAUUCAGAUUCCAAGUCCAAUUCGACUUUGCAGAGUCUUCGUGGUCGUCGUCAUCCGCAAAAUCAAAAUCAAAUACUAAUAAUCUAUAAUGGGGAAUUGCAUCUGCAACUGCUGGCCUAAGCCUGUGAACAACCAUAUCACCACCACCAGAUUCCCCAGCCCCCCUCAAGCUCCAGUGGAUCACGAGAUAAAGAGGAAGAGGGAGAAAUCGGCGUCCGAGAUGGUGCCGGCGAGCGGGGAGAUAAAAAGCAGCUCGAUUCACCUGAAGAUGUUCACGCUGGCGGAGCUGAGAAGCGCGACUCGGAAUUUCCGGCCGGACUCGGUGCUCGGAGAAGGAGGAUUCGGGAGAGUGUUCAAAGGCUUCGUCGACCCCAACACCUACGCGCCGUCGAAGGUCGCCGUCGGAAUGCCGGUCGCCGUCAAGAGAUCCAACCCUGACAGCGAACAGGGCCUCAAAGAAUGGCAGGCCGAGGUAAAAUUCUUGGGGAAAUUCAGCCAUCCCAAUUUGGUGAAAUUAUUGGGUUAUUGUUGGGAUGAAAGGCAAUUUCUUCUUGUCUAUGAAUACAUGCAAAGAGGAAGCUUAGAAGGCCACCUCUUUAGAAAGGGAGGUGAAGCAUUGCCAUGGGAUACAAGGAUGAAGAUAGCCAUAGGAGCUGCAAGAGGCCUUGAUUUCUUGCACAACACCGAGAAACAAGUCAUUUACCGCGAUUUUAAGGCAUCCAAUAUUUUACUCGAUGCGGACUUCAAUGCGAAGCUUUCGGAUUUUGGGCUUGCUAAGCUAGGCCCAAUCAACGGCAAUUCGCAUGUAACAACUAAGCCCGUUGGGACUUACGGCUACGCGGCUCCGGAGUACAUGGCUACAGGUCAUUUGUACGUGAAGAGCGACGUAUAUGGCUUUGGAGUGGUCUUAUUAGAAAUUCUAACAGGCUUGCGCGUUCUUGAUCUCAACCGGCCCAAUGGACAAACGAAUUUAAUCAAUUGGGUUAUGCCGUCCCUCGAAGGCAAGAAGUUGAAAAAAAUAAUCGACCCCCGUCUUAUGGGCCAAUACCCCUCAAAGGCCGCGUACGCCGUAGGAGACCUCGUACUACAAUGUCUCGAGGCGGACCCAAAGUCCCGGCCCGGUAUGGACGAAGUUUUGGAAAAGUUAGAAAGGAUAAGGGAAAAUAAAACAAAGCCCAAGGAAAUAAAAUCCAAAUCCGAGCACGACAACCGGACACCCCACCGUGGCGAUAUGGGCCAAGGCGGGAAUCGACAACAGAAUAAAGCAAACAAGCUCCGGAGUUACUAAUGGGCUUGGAAUCGGGCCCCGGAGCCCGUGACUUGUGUAAAAUACAAGGGUUUUAGAAUCGAUAAUUUGAUUGAUUGCAUUUUUUUUUUGUGUGUGUAUCUAUGUUGUUUUUCAUCGUGUUCAUUUUACUAAAAAGCCAAAAAUUUUAGGGCACGUUUGUAUUUUUAAACUCAUUUUUGCACGUAUUCAAGAUCUAUCUUCGACUAAAAACAUU